GUGAAGGCUAAUGUAGCAGGUGGUCGAAUCGACGUAGCCUAAAUCAAAAAGAAUAUCAGCACCAUUAAGUGCAUGGCGCACUCUUUCUCGGCAUGUGGUGUAACUGGUGUGCUAUUGUUAAAUAUUUGUGAUUUUUAUCCCGUUCUCAGCAGCGCCAUUGAAACAGAAUUGAUAACAAUGAUUUUACCACAAUGAUAUGUGCAUUUCGCUCCUUUACGUUAUGAUCAAAUUAAUUCAGUGGGCGCUGAGUGCACUUCAUCGAUUCGAGGGUGCUGUCUCCAUUCCGCGGGCGUGCAAUGUUUGCUUCUCAGUCAUCUUUAUUAUUAGGACAUGUCAGUAUACGUUCUUUAAAGUUAAUAAGUGACUGUAGCAUAACGGCUACUAAGUCCACUGGUCAAUUCGAUUUAUCGGCAAUUAGCAGCAGGCAACGAAAGUUAGGCGAGUCCAGACUUUCAGCACCACUUUCCACUGGACAGCGCUCGAGCGGCUUUGGAAUCGAGACAGCAAACGCAUGGAUUUCUUUGGGAUAUUUCAAACGAUGGAAGGAGUUUUUUGGAAGUGAGGUGGAGGACAUUCUUCAAGUGGCCUAAUCUACACCAUAUUACCAACAGGAACAACAUUUUUCUUUAUUCUCACAUCAACAUGUUUGUGAAUUGGAUAUGGGUCAGUUCACACCGAGAAGAUUCUACCAGAGAAGGAUAAAGGGGAAUUCACUCAGCAGCCCGGAGACCUGAGCGGCCUGAACCCCACCUGUGAGGGAUCUCCAUAGGCAGGGUGGUGAGUUACAGUGGGCAGAGGAGUGCCCACCACGUUGGUCAGACCAUGGAGUGAGGAGGAAAGAAGGAGAUGCAUAUGUAAGAAAGGAAGAGGAGAUAUCCUUUGAAGAGCCAUCUAAAUUCAUGCUCCUAUUAUAAUUGAGUGCUUCUAAGAGCAAAGCAACAUGAGAGGACGCCUGUUCUGUGCCCACUGCUUCAAGAGGUAUUAUUAAGUUUAACCCUCUGGAUAUAGAGUAGACUAGUGUUCUUUGUGUUCCUGAUUCCGCUGGGUUCUAGAGUGUGUCUGGAUUUGUGUUUGGGCUGUGGUCAUGGUGUCUCAGCCCCAGGGGUGUGCUCUGCAUCGGACUGGCAGGAUCUGUCACAGAGGCAGCCUGAUCAGGCUCUUACUCCUUCUUUACUGCUCUCUCACGGCCGCCCAAGCCGCUAAACCCAAAGUUCCGAGCGGCACACACCUCAACUCCAUCCGCAUCGACGGGGAUAUCUCCCUGGGAGGCCUGUUCCCCGUGCACUCCAGGGGCAACGAAGGCAAGGCCUGCGGGGAGCUGAAGAAGGAGAAGGGGAUCCAUCGUCUGGAGGCCAUGCUGUUCGCCCUGGACCGUAUCAACAAUGACCAUUCCCUGCUUCCCAAUAUCACGCUGGGGGCGCGCAUCCUAGACACGUGUUCCCGGGAUACCCACGCCCUGGAGCAGUCACUCACCUUCGUCCAGGCCCUCAUCGAGAAGGAUGGGACGGACGUCAAGUGUCUCGGCGGGGGGGCACCCAUCAUCACCAAGCCUGAGAGGGUGGUGGGAGUCAUCGGAGCCUCUUCCAGCUCUGUGUCUAUCAUGGUGGCCAACAUACUGCGGCUCUUCAAGAUCCCCCAGGUGAGUUAUGCCUCCACGGCACCGGAGCUGAGCGACAACACACGUUACGACUUUUUCUCACGCGUGGUGCCCCCAGACACCUACCAGGCACAGGCCAUGGUGGAUAUCGUCAAGGCCAUGCGCUGGAACUUCGUCUCCACCGUGGCAUCCGAGGGGAACUAUGGAGAGAGCGGUGUGGAUGCCUUCAUACAUAAGUCUCGAGAGGACGGAGGUGUGUGUAUCUCUCAGUCGGUCAAGAUUCCCCGGGAGCCAAAGCCUGGAGAGUUUGGCAAGGUCAUCCGCCGACUAAGAGAAAACCCAAACGCAAGGGUGGUCAUCAUUUUCGCCAAUGAGGAUGAUAUUAGGCGGCUACUCCAAGCAGCCAAGAAGGCCAACCAGACUGGCCAUUUCAUCUGGGUGGGCUCAGACAGCUGGGGCUCAAAGAUAUCUCCAGUGUUACACCAAGAGGAGAUGGCAGAGGGAGCUGUCACCAUCCUGCCCAAACGCCAGUCCAUCAGAGGGUUUGAUCGUUACUUCAUCAGCCGCACACUGGAGAACAACAGGAGAAAUAUCUGGUUUGCUGAGUUCUGGGAGAACAACUUCGCCUGCAAGCUGAGCCGACACGCUUUGAAGAAAGGUUCUGGGCUGAAGAAAUGCACAAAUCAGGAGCGGAUAGGGAAGGACUCCAACUACGAACAAGAGGGGAAGGUGCAGUUUGUGAUCGAUGCAGUCUAUUCCAUGGCCCACGCGCUGCACAACAUGCACAGGGAGCUCUGUCCAGGGAAGGUGGGACUUUGCUCUAGGAUGGACCCCAUCAACGGCACUCUACUGCUCAAACACAUCCGGAUGCUUAACUUUGCAGGCAUUGCUGGCAACCCAGUGCUUUUCAAUGGGAAUGGAGACGCCCCUGGUCGCUAUGAGAUUUACCAGUACCAGAUCAGAAACCGAACAGCUGAGUACAAAAUCAUCGGGCACUGGACCGACCAGCUCUAUCUGAAUAUCCGAGCAAUGCACUGGCCAGGUGGAGGUCGUCAGAUCCCUUACUCCAUCUGCAGCCACCCAUGCCAGGCCGGAGAACGCAAGAAGAUAGUGAAGGGCAUCCCUUGCUGCUGGCACUGUGAGCGCUGCGAUGGCUACCAAUACCAGGCAGACACCUACAGCUGCAAGAUGUGCCGCUUUGACCUGCGUCCCAACGAGAACCACACGGCCUGCCGUCCCAUCCCCAUUGUCAAGCUGGAAUGGAGUUCCCCCUGGGCCGUCAUACCUGUCCUCAUCUCCGUGGUGGGCAUCAUGGCCACUCUGUUUGUGGUGGUCACCUUUAUCCGCUACAAUGACACGCCCAUCGUCAAGGCGUCAGGCCGCGAGCUCAGCUACGUUCUACUGACAGGUAUCUUCAUGUGCUACGCCACCACUUUUCUCAUGAUAUCUGCCCCUGACGUGGGCAUCUGCUCCCUCAGACGGAUCUUCCUGGGUCUGGGGAUGAGUAUCAGCUACGCAGCCCUGCUCACCAAGACUAACCGCAUCUACCGCAUCUUCGAGCAGGGAUCCAUGUCGGUGAGCGCCCCCAGGUUCAUCUCCCCAGCCUCCCAGCUGGUCAUCACCUUCAGCCUGACUUCGGUGCAGCUACUGGGGGUGUGUAUCUGGUUUGGCGUGGACCCGUCUCAGGCCAUCAUCGACUACGAGGACCAGCGCAUGGCCAAUCCGGACAUGGCCCGUGGCGUGCUCAAAUGUGACAUCUCUGAUCUUUCUCUGAUCUGCUUGCUCGGCUACAGCAUGCUGCUAAUGGUCACCUGCACAGUGUACGCCAUCAAGACUCGAGGCGUGCCGGAGGCCUUCAACGAGGCCAAGCCCAUCGGCUUCACCAUGUACACCACCUGUAUCAUCUGGCUGGCCUUCAUCCCCAUCUUCUUUGGUACCUCCCAGUCCACAGAGAAGAUGUACAUCCAGACCACCACGCUGACCAUCUCUGUAAGCCUGAGUGCGUCUGUCUCUCUGGGGAUGCUGUACAUGCCCAAGGUCUACGUGAUCCUCAGGCACCCGGAGCAGAACGUGCCCAAACGCACACGCAGCCUCAAGGCUGUGGUCACAGCUGCCACCAUGUCCAACAAGUUCAACCCCAAGGCGAGCCUACGUCCCAACGGAGAAGCCAAGUCCGAGUUGUGUGAGAGCCUGGAAACACAAGCUUUCUCCACAAAACAAACAUACAUCAGCUACAGCAACCACGCAAUCUAGGAGAGGAAGGCCAUCGUCAUUGCUCAGGAUGGUCACCUCGUUGAACAUUUUCUUAUGCAGUGGAAAUGGGGGGAAAAAAUAGGGCAAGAAAAUUGACAUGGGACAUGUGAGGAUCACUAAAGAAUUUCAUAGGGAGUAGUCAUUGUUAAGGACAGAGAAAAGACAAACAGAGAUGCAGGAAGGGACCCUCAGGGGACCCCAACUGAACAAAUACAGUAUAAUUGUGAUGUUCCAUCUUGUGUUGGCCAUGGCAGACAAGACAAACACUUCCCUCCUGGCCAGAGUCCAGAGUACAGAGAGGAUUCAUGCAGGAUGGGGCUUCUAAUCCCUUGUCGUUGUUUACAUUGCUGAGUUACCUUCUCUUUCACUAUGACUUCUCAUCUCAAGCUGACAAUUGAAAGAAUCUGUUUAGGUGUGUGCGAUGCAAUGUUGUAGUCUGCCAGUGUUGUCAUCAGUAAGUGACAUUGCUCUCAAUGCUUCAGGAAGUUGCUGAAACACCAGUUUAAGAGUGGUCCGUCCUUAAAUGUCUAGGAAGACUUUAAAUUAUGUAAUUGUUAAAAAAUAUAUUUCUAAAAGUAUUCCAGUUUUUUUUUAAAGACUGGAUGGAAAAAAUCAUUCCAACAAUGCAGGAUACUUGUACUCCAUCAUAAAAAAAUAGAAUGAUGUUGACAACAAAGAAUAUGGUCAUUAUUGAUUUUAAGCAUGCCAGUUUGAACAUCCUGUGUUGUGUUGUUAAAAAAUAUAUUUAGAAUGCGUUGAAACUA